CCGCUUUUUACUACGGACUAACUCAACUCGACUACCCCUAAAUAAAAAUAAACACAAUAAAAUAAGGCAACUCCCAACCACGACGCGGAACCUUCGCUUUUUGUCCACCAACCAACCAACCAACCAAUCAACCCACCCCCAAAAGAGCCACGGCGAAACCGACCGUCGUCGCUUGUAACGACAAAAAGAUGCUGCAUUGACCCGUGUUGGCACUGCAACUGCUGAACCGAUUUUUUCUUCUUUUCGUCUUUCUCUUUUCUAAUUCCCCUUGAGCUUGGAUUUAGCACUGCAUAGGCGCUUUAAUUGUUUCUUGCUGGUCGCUACACAUUUUUUUUUUCUUUCUUUGACCAGGUCAUUCCUUCCCUCAUACCUUGACGUUUCCGCCCCAAUCUCUCCACUCCCUUAAACACAAAUCCCGCCAAGACAACUUGUCGCGUUUGUGACACUCGUCCUUUUUCCCAUCUUCCACCAUUCGAUUCUUACAUCUAGACGCGUCAUUUACCUUUUUCUUACCGACGUAUUUCAACUUGAUUCGAUUCGAUUUGGCUCGUGCGCGUUUCGCCCGCCGUCAUGGCUGCUGACAUGGCCGCGCUUCCUUCCGAUUCGAGCUUCGUUGGCGGCUUGCCCACAGACUCGAGCUCGAAUCCCGCGUCCUUCAGCUCAACACCCCCGACCAGCAUCUCCGACAGCGGCGACCUCGCCAACGACACCCCAAAGCCCGCGAUCGAGUCUGUCAUUGCUCGGCUCGAGCAGCCUGAUGCUGUUAUAGUAGCAGUCUCUUGUGCUGAUGCCCCAGGCGCUGACACGGAUCUGACAUUGCCUUCCGAGACCUCCCGAACUGAGCCGUCCCACGAGGAUAACACUCCAACGCGCCCGCGCCGCUCUCGGCACUCGGAACCCGUCAUAUAUAAUCUUGUAAAACUGAGUGGAACCGCGCACCACGGAAAUCGCCGAUCAAAAGGGGACAAUGUCGUGGACAGGAGGAGGCGUACCACCGCUGGCGCGUCCCUGACAGGGGACGGCAACCAUGGUUCAGAAGAGAGCUCGGAAAAACCAGGUGAAUUGGUACAGGAUGGUAUUGAGGCCCUCGAUAUGGAUUGGUCUGUUGACCAGAUUCCCACACCAAAGAGCGCUCGCUCGCUGCGCGCCAAACAACCUCCACCAAAACCUCAACCCUCGGGCAACAAGAUCAAGACAUUUGCGCGUGCUUUCAGCACAUCUGUUCUCUCACGGAGGUCAACACGUCUCUCAGGCCCUGUUUCCGGCAGUUUGACUGAGCAGUUGGCGUCCAUGAAACCCCGCGCGCGCAAGUCUUUUGAGCAGUCCCACUCCAUGGCCCGGGAGCUCAUGCGGCUGGCGGACACGAAAGAAUUCGCAAAGGUGGAGGAGAAGCCGGUUAUCACAAGUAUCUGGGCAAACGGAAAGUACUACGAGUCGGUCGAGGCUGCUGAUGCUGCCAAAGCUGCCGCUGAUGCGGUUUUCAGGGGCAAGGCAAAUCUUGUGACCGUGACCAAGGGAGAACAAUCCGAGGCCGCGGCGGCGCAGGUGGACCGGAAAGCAUCGGAAGCCGCCGACGAUGACUCAAAGGUCCAAGCUGAAGAUGAGGAAGCUGCCCCCGAAGGUCCCCCAACAUUGCCCCCUCCGAAACGCCAGAAAAAGUGGCUAGACAAGGGUCUUUAUGCCGGGCAGACAGUUGAAGAUAUCACCAAGACCCUCACAAAGGAAGAGAAGAACGCCUUGGCCAAGAUCCCAUUCCUCGAAAAGCCCGCCCCAAAGAAUAAGGCUUUGCCAUUGCCCAUGUACAAUGGUCUCCGCACUUUGAUGAAGGGGAGGGACUUUAAACUACCAUACGACGUUUGCCACCCUUUGGCGGAUCAGCCAAAGCCUAAAGAGUGGCGUAAAAUAACCAAGAGUCGUUUCGUUGGAGAAUCUUUAUCUCUAUGGAAAAAGAAUUACUACUUCGACGAUCGCUCUACAUGCGUAUGUACUAAGGAUGAUGGUUGCGGAGAGGACUGCCUCAACCGCUCAGUCUUGUACGAGUGCAACGACACAAACUGCAACGUAGGCCGCGAGCACUGCCAAAACCGGGCCUUCCAGGACUUGCAGGACCGUACCAAGAAGGGCGGCAGCUAUCGCGUGGGCGUCGAAGUUGUCCACACAGGCCCUCGAGGCUUUGGUGUACGGGCCAGCAGGUGUUUUGAGCCUGGACAGAUCAUUAUGGAGUACGCCGGCGAAAUCAUAACUGAGGAGGAAUGUGAGCGCCGCAUGAAUGAGGUCUACAAGGACAAUGAGGCAUACUAUCUCAUGUCGUUUGACCAAAACAUGAUCUUGGAUGCUACUACUGGCAGCAUUGCAAGAUUUGUGAAUCAUUCAUGCUCACCCAACUGUAGAAUGAUUAAAUGGAUUGUCUGCGGGAAGCCCAGGAUGGCCCUCUUCGCUGGCGACAAUCCCAUCAUGACAGGCGAGGAGCUGACUUACGACUACAAUUUCGACCCAUUCUCUGCUAAGAACGUCCAGAAGUGCUUGUGCGGCAGUGAUAACUGCCGUGGUGUUCUGGGACCCCGAACCCGUAACGACAACACGGCCAAGGCCAACGGAGCCGGAAAGGGGAAGAACUCACCACCUUCUAAGAAGCAGACGGUGAAGGCCACCGUCAAGGCAAGCAAACGCAAGCUUAAGGAGCUUUUGCACGGCACUGCGGAUGACGAGAAAUCGGCUACCAGUCCAGCUAAGAAACGCAAGAUAAAGGUCGCAGUGAAGCGCUCCAUCUCUAAUGCUGGACUCAAGGUCGCUAAAGGCGCCAAGACUGCCUCCAAGAUUGUGAAGCGCAGCGUAUCAUCCAUCACAGUCAACGCCGAAAACGAUAAAACACCAGCACCAGCCAGUGGUGUCAACAAGACGACUCCUCGACGUGCCGCCACCUCGGCGCUCCUUACUAAGGCCGCCAAAGUCACCAAGAAGACGCCUACCUCCAAGAAGAUUACAAAGGGCAAGGCAGCAGCUGUGUCAGCCCUGGUAGGCGGCAAAAAGCAUACUCCCAAGUUGGCAGCCAAAUCAACAACUGCCAAGAAGUCUACCAGCAAGACAAAGGCCACGAUUGUGGCCGCUGCACAGGCAGAAGAGGCUUCCACGCCCACUGCCUCUCCAAAAGCGAAGAAACCGGCAAAGAAAACUGGCACUGCUACACCGGCAUCACGCAAAAAGGCUGGCAAGGGUGAGGCGGUCCAGAAACGCGAACCUUCACCGCGGACCAGGAAGCCAACCGCAAAGGCCCUCGAGGCCACAACGACAGUUGAGACUGCUGUUUCUGCGCUCAAGCCCAAGGCUGGAUCCGGGAUCUUGAAGUCGGUGCCACGUCGGAAGUCGACAGGCACGCUACUCGGGAAGACUAAGCAAGGGAAAGCAUCAGGCCGACAGUCGACCCUGUCAAAUUUUCUCAAAAAGGCUAGCUCCUCGAACGAUCUGACACAGGAAUAUGAGGUUCCCGACAGCCCCGUGCGUGAGACUCUCAGACCUGCGGCUUCCCGCAUCUCCAAUGUGACAUCACCACCAAGGCCGAGUAGGAAGGCAUUGGAGAUUUCCAGAGCGCUCAACCAGGUUCGCCUCGUCCCCAACGAUGAAUGAUCGAAGUCACACAGGGGAAUACAAUUUGAACUGGUCAUUUUUCUUCUAUUUUACAAGUAGCUGAGUGCGGUGUCUGCGCGCGGACACCUCAGUUUUGCGGCAUGGACUUUGAACGCUAGUUGCUAUUUUACGCCCAUUUUGCAUGCGAACGAGAAUUGGCAGCAUGUUUCUGGGACAGCUGACAAGGUGCUUGUCUUCCAUGGUCUUCUAUCAACAUUGGCCAGUCUGAAGACCUUUGCUGCAUCCGACUAGCUAAUUCUUUAUGCUUUGAGAAGCAUGGCAUCGGGAGGAGGAGGGCAUUAGCCCUGGCAGCACUCUGUAAUCAUUUUUACAUAUAUUUACCACCAUCUACAGAGGACAACAUAAACCAAUCCCCGGAGGACUUGUGAGGAUUGAUGAUAUAGGGAGGGGGCGGGAAUCAUGUAAGAUAACAUCGAGGAGGGAGUUUGGGGAGGAGGGAUGACGGUCGCUUGCGUUUCCUUAACUAUCUCUGAGUUUCUGCUUUUACUACCCACUGUUCCCUUAGCCCAAUUUAUCCAUGUUUUCUUUUCUUUUCUCUUUUCUUUUUGGCCUAGGCGUCUCUGGGUGGGGGAAAGCAUCGACGGGCAGAGUCUUUCAGUGUUAAUACAAUUACAAUCAAUUGUUUAUCCAAACAAACCGAGUGGCGUCGAAUAUCCCGCUUGUCUUCACGUGGCUU